AGAGGUUGUUGCGGUUGUGGGGGAGGAAUGCAGUUGGUUCCAUGGACACCCCCACCCCCCAUCUGAAAGAGGUGGACUCUUGAGCCUUUUGGCUGUGGAGGUCUUGCACUGGUCACAGCUGAAUGCCAUGUGGGGCUAUGGAGAUUUUCAACUUUUGCCCUCCUCAAGAGAAUCUUUUGCCUGGUAUGGUGUGGACUGAACUUUUCAACUCAAACCCAAUUUACUAAACAUCUCAGGAUGCACCACGAAAAGAAGCCCCACAGAUGUUCAGAGUGUGGGAAGAGCUUUCUAUACAGAGCCCAUCUCCUACGGCAUCAAAGGAUACACACAGGGGAGAAACCUUAUAACUGCACAGAGUGUGGGAAGAGCUUCUCUACUAAAUCGUACCUUGUUAUACACCAAAGAAUUCAUUCUGGAGAGAAACCAUACAAGUGCUCAGAGUGUGCAAAGUUGUUCAGGACACGUGAUAAACUUAAUGUACAUCAUAGAAGUCACACAGGGGUGAAGCCUUAUAUGUGCUUAGAGUGUGGAAAGAAAUUCAGCCAGAAGAAACAUCUUUAAAGAUAUCCACCCAACAGAAAUUUUAUAAAUGCUCAGAAUGCGGGAAAAGUUGAUCCCAUUCUGUGUAAUGUCUGAAAUGCCACAAAAGGGCAAAAACUUAUUUACUUGUUUACUGCAUUUAUACCCUGCCUUUCUGUCCAGUGGAACCCAAAGUGGCAUAUGUUGUUCUGUCCCUAAGAUCUUGGAAAUAUCUGCAAGGAACAUAUCUCCAUGUUGAAGGACACUAAAAGGCACAAUGGAUCAAGUUCUGUGGAUCACAUUUUCAUUCUCAGGUUUCCUCCAAGGAAAGUACUAAUUCAUGUCAAGUUUGUCCAGAGUAAAGCAGUUCACACAAGGAAGUAUUUUGUAGGGAUUAGUGUGCAAGACUAUGACUGGCAAGACCCAGGUUCAAAUGCUCAUGCAUUUGGACUGGCCUUUAGCCAGUUAUACUUUUUGGGCCUGACUUAUUUUGCAGGGUUAUUGUAAUGAUACCGCAGAGAACCAUGCAUCUCUCAGCCCAGCUUACUUUGCAGGGUUAUUGCUAUGGCAAGAGGGAGGAGGAGGAGAGAAUGCAGCUCUGAGCACUUUGGAGGAAAGGCAAGGAAAACCAGAUAGAUACUUUAGAACAAAACCAGCAUAAGCUGUAUUUAUUACUGCAAUUUAAAUUGUUACAUUUUGUAAAAUGCCUUUGGUGGGUGGGGUGAAGCAUAAAUGUAAUAAAUACCUUUAUAAUGAUUGCAAUUAGUAUCCCAU